UUUUUGGGAGCGCGUCAUGACGCGAACGCCUUUUGCUACCAGUCGGUGUCUGUGCGCUCCUCGGCUGUUGUGAGGCACCUUUGCUGCGUCUUGGCGUUGCCUAUCGUGUCAGAAACGGUGUUUGGUGUCUGUGUGCACGUCGACACCGUCGUUCGACAUCAUCGGUGCUGUCGUCGCCUUGAAACCUCGGCACCCGCAAGGAUUUUACCGAUCACUUCGGAUCCCUCGCCGCGCCGAAGUUCUUCGUGGUCGUCGUCUUGCCGCGUGUUUGUGUGUCGUGCCCGUCGAGAAACAGGACAUGGCACGCUUCGCUUGGCUUCCGCUGUCGCUCGGAUUGUUGCUGGCUUCCGUCACUGUGCGUGCCCAGUUCACCGAUUGCAGCGCCAGCCGUGCCCAAAAGUGCGAGAACGACCUGAUGGUGCUCCAGCUCAAGGCCCAGGGCGCCAUCACGACGCCGGAGCUGAACGAGAAGUGCAAGCAGCUGCGGCACAACUUCGACUGCCUGCUCAACUACACGUCGAACUGCCUGGCGGUGGAGCAGCGGGACCACAAGGCCCGCAUCCUCAGCACGGCCAGACAGUACACGUACGCCACCUGCGAGGACCAGGACGCAGUCCAAGAGCACUGGAAGGACAACGCCUGCUUCCAGAGCCCCGAGGUGCAGCGCUGCAACAGCGACUUUGAGAAGCAGCCCAGGAAGCAGGUCAACACCGGGGCAAGCUUCCCCUCAGUUGACCAGUGCGGGCGCUUCAUGGUGCUCCAGAACUGUCUCCGGCGUGCUGUGAGCAUGGUGUGCAAGAAGCAGGACUGGCAGUUCCUGGGCCUCUACCUCUACGACAAGGACAACAGGCUGGCAACUGUGUGUAGUGCCGACUACCGGCCGCCCAACGUCGUCGACGCCGUCCCCACCCCAGCAAUCUCCGCGGCCUGCGUGACGCUGGUGCAAAAGGACGUGGACGUCUGCGGGGACCGCUACAGCCGGGCGACCUCAGGCCUCCGCUCCAAGGCCCACGGGGGCCGCAAAGCCUCCAGCCGCGCCCCCAUCUCGGACGAGGAGAACAAGACCAAGCUCUGCUGCGCAUUCGGAGAGUAUGGCCACUGCCUGCGGACAGCGGUCAAGGUCAAGUGCAGCCAGGACCGCAACGCCCUGGUGGAAAGCAUCCUCCAGCAGACGCUGGACUUUGUAGGACAUCACUGCGACAACUACUAUUAUGGCUCCAGCCUGUGUUCCCGCGCCGGCGCCUUGCCGCCCCCGCUGUCGGCGUCGCUCGCCGCGCUUCUGGCCGUCUUUGUCGCGCGCUUCUGCCUGCGACACUGACGGGCGAGGUGGCAGUACGACAACGAUGUUCCGCGGGAGAGGUACCGUGCUUCAAGGUGCAAGCGGGAACGCCCAGAUGGACUGUGAAAUGAAGACAAAAAAAGCCUCUGCAGGGUUCAGCGUGACAUAGCGUGCGGCCACCAACAUCCUAUGGAUCUAUCGCGGAGGUCGUGAAUGUUGCACGAAUGUCCUGUCCCGCCGACGUCCCACGGAUGUCUUUCCGACGUCGUAAGCAUUGUGUGAGCGUCCUCGGAUGUCUUUCUGACGUUGUGAAUGUUGCACGAACAUCCCACAUGUCUCACUUACGUCGUGAAUGCUGGAUGGACGUCCCAGAAAUGUUUCGCUGACGUCGUGAACAUUGCAUAGAUGUUUCACGGAUGUCUCGCUGAUGCCGUGAACAUUGUAUUAACGCCCUACUGGUAUUUCGUUGACAUCAUGAACGUUCCAUGGACGUCCCACUAAUGUUCUGCUGACGUCAUGAACAUUGCGUUAAUGUCCUGCAGGUGUGUCGCUGACGUCGUGAACAUUUCCAAAUGUCCUAAUGAUGUGAUAAACAUUGCAUGGAUUUCUUAAAAAUUUUUCAUUGAUUUCAUGAGUGUUGCACGAGCAUUCCGCGUAUGACUGGGAAGAUGUUCGUAGCAUCGGACGGGUGUCCCGUAAUUGUUUACGCUUUGGGGAUGUUGAGUGGAUAUCCGUAGAACGUCGGGGGAGAUAUGCGUGGGACGUCGGCGUGGGUCUGAAAGAUGUAUGCUGUGCAGGAGGGUUUGGAGUGGAACCCAAGGAGUGACGGAACUAUGGUGCAGAAAAAUCUGAUAAUUUUGUUUUUCUUGGUUUUGUGAAUGAAAUAUGACCGUGCUAUGUGUUUUACGUAAUAUCAUUACCUGCGCAUACUGCAUAGAACAUUGGAAGUGGUUCAUCGAAGCUUGCACAUCUUUUAUGCUCUGUGACUAAAUGGGAUUUUUAUAGUUCACUUCUUGCAGACAUCUUAGAGGUUGGCCAUUGCAGGCGGGCGACCUCGGAGAUGUCUGCCAGUAUAUUGUUUACUUUUUUUAAACAACUUUAACAGCUGCAUCAGGCUUGCUUUUAGUACCCGAGAAAACUUUAUCUGUUCAAAAUGCUGCUACGGAAGCAAGGCUUACAUGAAACUUGUCUUCGACUAUCGAAUAACAACCAAACACCAAUGUGAAUCUAAUUCCUGGCCACACAGAUAAAAAUUGUAAUCGGAGCUAAGAUCAGCUUUGAUUUUUGUAUUGCAGCCUUGGUGUUUUUUUCAUAGUAAGAAAAGUUCUCAUGGCCAACUUUUCUGCAUAAACUCAAAGCUCCACGGAAAGUGUUCUAACUUGCACAGUCAAACCAGUUUGGUUACAGAAUCUUUUCAUGAAAUAUUUGGUUUCAAAAACAAGAAGCUGGAUGGACAGCAAAGACACACAUCUUACAAAAGUGAUGGAAUCGAGCAGUAUGUAUGUUAAGGUAUAUGUACACAGCAUUUUUUUUUUAUCAGCAUGUUCACUUUGCAGGCACGUCUCAAGUCAUCUUCGAUUUCACAAGCUAUCGUUAGGUGCAGCUCUGAAAGCAGAAUGUCUUUCAGUGAACAUGAAGUCACUCGCCUGCGAGAAAUUCUCGCUCGAAUAAGAGGUUUGUGCAAUGACGGAAUAGUUGAGUGGUGAUUUGAGCCGUGAAAAUUAGCAAAGAUUAUUUUCUGAUUAGCCGAAAGCUUGAUGUAGCGUUGUUUCAUGUUUUGUUCUGACACAACAGAAAAAAAAAAAAAAAAAAAAGCUGUCCUCAUUUUUUAAUUGUACAUCCAGUUUUUGAGAUGAGACUUCGACUCCAUAUGUUGCCUCUAAGAAAUGGGAUGCUAACUGUUUUGGCUUGUUUCGACAAUAUUAUGUUGACGUGCGCACCAGUCGAUUUCCGUUUAUGCCUUUCCGUCCCGAUGUUAACCGAAGUGAGUUGUUUGAACAUGUUGACUGGUUGAAGACUCUGACUGGUGAUGUGAGCUGAGUCUUCUCUAUUGUGCACCAAAAUGUGUCUCUCGAACAAACACUUUCUCGCUUUUCGCAACUUCUGCCACCCCAAAGAGAAGAGACGUUAUCGCUUGCUUACUCUGACAACUCCGCAACGCGCACCGCUUGAGGCAACAAUGCCUUUUCACGGUGCUGCCUCAAAAUGCUCUCCUCUCAGAUUACCAACCUUGUACUCGUUUGCGAACCAAAGCUUUCCAUAGCAAUGCUCAAAGAAGACGUUUGGUUUGCCCGUCGAAGCCGAUACCGACGCAAACUCGUUUCGGCGCGUCGAACACCGUAGCGCAAGGUCGGCAAGUCGUGUUUAUCGUUUAUGCAAAUAACUAGGCCCUUAUAUUAUGCCAUCCUCAAUACCGGAAACAAAUCGUUAGAACCCCAUCCUCUCUCAUUCGCUGUCGUGCGUCCUCUUUGUGCAUAUCCGUUAAUUAUAAGUAGUCGUGCCUUUCUUACAAAGCCACAUCAACAGCAAUAGUUUUUGUUUUGGAGUGUAGCAUCGACUUUGGACACCCCCCAAAUGCGGACAAUUUCCUUUCGAGUUCAGCACGCGAAUGCUAUGCUAAUCUUACCGCUAGUCAGGGCCUUUACCGACGAACAAACGGCACCAGGAAUUCACUGACCUUUGCGCUAGGAGAUUGGCAAGUUUCCAAUUUUGUAGCCCCAGCUUGAGGUGCUGGAGGUGAUAAUGGCAAAUGCAGAUAUUUUGUUCAUUUUUGCUGUUUCUACAUCGCAAAUUUUGUUUAUCACGAGUGACUCCAAAAUAGCAAAACAUGCAAAAACUACCAACCUCUAAACAGAAGCUAAAUUACGAUGCAUUUCGAAAGUAAGAGCUAUAACUAGAUCUCGAGAGAUUUGUUCGUUGCCCUAGCUGUGUCACAGAACAGGACGCAAACUUCAUAACCUCCCUAACAAACAGUUGAGACUGACUUCCGAGGCUUGCCUCGUCACCGGCAUCGCCCGUCUGCGGUCAGUGGACCUCCUAGCUCUGCGUAGCCUCCGGUAGCAUUAAAUCGUGUCUGUACAUACGCCGGUUGUAGUAACUCAGGUCGGGUCCCAGUCGGUAGGACGUAGGCCUAGCUUAGGGAAGAUGGCAGGAAACAGCGACUCGGCGACACGACCCUCCGUCUCAUCCCUCUCAAUGCUCAAGCAGUCUCCUGCAGCCGACCUUUAGCAAAGGACUUCACGAUGCGCAAUACUGACCGUCGAUGGCCGUCCCAAGACACUACACCUGGGUACGGCGAUGCCCGCAUGGGAUUGGUCUGUCGAACUAGACAGCAGGCACUGCCAGUUACGUACAGUAGGCUAUCCAGCUUUUUGACGCAGGCAGUAACGUAAAGGGUGGUUCGCAUACUUGCGUCUGCUUACGACCAAGUUCUUGCGAGCCCUUACGACGAGAAAACACACUUGCACGCUGGCGCCACAUACGAGAUGGCCCGGGAAUUCCAUUUCGCUAUGGCGAAGGUUUGGCGAUAAUUGUGAGAUCAAAUGUACUUAGUCGCUAUGAGAAACAGUUGUUUAUUGCAUUGUCAAAAGUUUUUCGGGCCAAUAGAGGUAGAAUGAUGCGCAAAAUAAAAAAAAGGAAAUAUACAGAAAUUUCAGGUUUUCCACGGCUACCCGAUAGAUGGCGCCAGUGUGCUCCCUUGUCAUAAGAGAUCACAAGAGGUUGCGAGGUGCUCGCUCAUAAGCAGUUGCAAAUGUCCGAACCAGCCUUAAUGUGCGGACGUCAGGCAGAGGUCUAAACAACAACACGUUCCCCCGCCAUGUUUGCCGGCGGAGCACUUGCUGGAAAUCCAGCAGUAUGCGCUUAACAAGCCGAUUUAGAUUUGGUCUACAGACCGCCAGGAAUGCUCAUUUUCAUGCUUAGCUCUCUCUAAAAUGAAGUGGGGCGUAGGGUACUCAUGCUCACAGUGUACUCGUUCACCACCGAAGGGCCACGGUGCUUUCGGUGGAAAACAGUUUACACGUCCUUCGCUAAGGCCUACAAGUUUGCAGGUUCCAAAUCUCUAGGCAGUACUCGCAAUAAGCCCUAUACAAAUGGGCCUCGUGGUAACGUAGUCGAGUGAAAGUGGUAAAAUAAAAAAUAGGUUAUCAAGCUGCGAGCGAUGUAGUUCACUGUGAGCACAGCUGUACCUGUUUGAUCGGAGGGUCCGACAGCUUGUAACGAAAUGCUACGAUGAGCUCGAGGUUGCUCGUUUGCGUCACUUUGCACUGUUGCGUCUGUCUGUAAAUAUGGGAUGACUACAACUUGCAAGCUUUUCUUUGUUGUUUUUCGUACAGAGCGGCUGUGAAACUUAAAGUGUUGUUGAUGUUGAAUUUCUAUUCCAUGUUUGUGUUAGCUAUGAAGUAGUACUUCAGAGUAAUUCUGACAGAAAAGACCUUUUUUUGUCGUUUCUUUUUUGUUUUCAGCAAUCCCUCCCCUGCAAUUCUGUACAUAGCACAUCACAUCAUAUCACAGCGCCAAGUAGCUCCGGUACAUUAGCUUCGAGCUUCUCGAUAGUGUAAAAGAAUGGGCUUCUAGAAAUUUUCCAAACUUCAUUUUGAGAGUAAAAAAAAAAAAUCUUCCAUAGCAUGCCGGUAAUCUCUUUGUGAAGGGUAUGCAGCACAUUCAUAUUUAUUGAAGCGUUCUACCCGUCUAGGCAAUUUUCUAAUCGGUGGCACGUCUUUAGCGUCUUACGAUGUGUUAGCUCUUGCAUUGUGGCUUUGUCUAUAUAUACAUAUAUUUAUGUUGUAAGAUAAUUUUAUCGAGUGCCCUCACAAACUCCGUUGUCCCGCGACGUCUCGUUUUUUUUUCUUUCCUCGCAAGCGGAUAAAAGUUACGAAGGUGCCUUUCGGAGGUGAGAGAGAGAGAGCGUGUGCCGUAGCUACGAGAUGUAAUAAUAAUAAUAGACGGAAGUAUUUUUCUAUUUUUAUACACGCGAGGAGGUGCACACGCCAGCUUUCUCCUCCGGCUACAAAUGUGAGAGAGAGAAGACAGUGCAGCAGCUGCACGUUGUGUGUAUGAUUGCGGAAGCCGCUCGUUCGUUUUCUUAGGUUGUAAGACACUCGACAUUCCACGUCCUUGUACACACUAGGGACAAGCAUCUUCGCUACUUAGUAUCAAGAGCGUUUUUGUGUAUGUACACUGUUAAGGGUGAAUAAAGGUUUGAGGUUUUUAA